AAAUUCGAAGCUAAAAAAAAAAGAAAAGAAAAAAGAAAGAGCCAAAAGCUAAGAAGGAAAAAAACAAGGAACGAAAGAGAGAGAAAGAUAUGAAGGAAAGUAGGUUGUCUUGCACUUGCCUCUCCGGUAUACCGAUUUCCCCAUUAUUUGAUGGCCGUAAGGCCGCCGCAACUGCAACUCUUCUUCCACCAUAAACUCCUCUCUUCCUUCCUUCCUUUCCCUCUCGACUCUCCUCUCACCCCCCUCCUGCUUCCAGCUCGAUUGCCGCCUCCCCCUCUUGUCAUCCGCCGGUGCGUCGCCUCGACGCCGCUCUCCGGCGCGCAGCCCCGGCAAGACCACCAACGUCUGCGCCACUUGCACCGCCCUCCUUUGCCGUUGCUAGAGGGGAAGAUGGCGCAGAGGAUCGAGAAAGCGUUUCGCCGCCCCGGCGCCGCCUCGGAGGCUAGGGUUUAUGCCGACGUCAAUUUGGCCCGCCCCAAAGAGUAUUGGGACUACGAGUCCCUCGCCGUCCAGUGGGGGGAGCAGGACGAUUAUGAGGUGGUGAGGAAAGUUGGGAGGGGAAAAUACAGUGAGGUCUUUGAGGGCGUUCACUCCACCAAUAACGAGAAAUGCAUUAUCAAGAUUCUCAAACCAGUGAAGAAGAAGAAGAUCAAGAGGGAGAUAAAAAUACUGCAGAACCUUUGUGGAGGACCGAAUAUUGUGAAAUUGCUUGAUAUUGUUAGAGAUCAGCAGUCAAAGACCCCUAGUCUAAUAUUUGAAUAUGUGAAUAAUACAGAUUUUAAAGUGCUUUAUCCAACACUCUCAGACUAUGAUGUUCGAUAUUACAUCUAUGAACUUCUAAAGGCAUUAGAUUACUGCCACUCACAAGGUAUCAUGCAUCGAGAUGUGAAGCCCCAUAAUGUAAUGAUUGAUCAUGAGCAGCGCAAGCUACGUCUCAUAGAUUGGGGGCUUGCAGAGUUCUAUCAUCCUGGGAAAGAAUACAAUGUUCGUGUUGCUUCAAGAUAUUUCAAAGGUCCUGAGCUCCUUGUUGAUCUGCAGGACUAUGAUUACUCUUUAGACAUGUGGAGCCUUGGUUGUAUGUUUGCUGGAAUUAUAUUCCGCAAGGACACAUUUUUCUAUGGGCAUGAUAAUUAUGAUCAACUGGUCAAAAUAGCUAAGGUACUUGGGACAGAUGAAUUAAAUGCUUACUUGUCUAAGUAUCGGAUAGAUUUAGACCCACAACUUGCAGCCUUGGUUGGGAGGCAUAGCAGGAAACCAUGGACCAAGUUUAUUACUGUUGCUAAUCAACACUUAGCGGUUCCUGAGGCAAUUGACUUCCUUGACCGUUUGUUGCGAUAUGAUCACCAAGAGAGGCCAACUGCAAAAGAGGCAAUGGCCCAUCCUUACUUCAAUCCUGUGAGGUAUGCAGAGAGCAGCAGAACUUGUGCCUAGUAGGCGGACUCUCGGAUGCCGCUGAAGAUUAGAUUGUGUGUAAUUCAACUGAACUUUUUUCAAUGGGUUUAAAUUGCCGUGAAGAGUGUACUGUGUUUUGGUUAUCCCAAGAUCAGUUUUCUGUUCAGAGUAUAGUUCUUCUGGCAAAAUUCAAUAUAUAUUUUUUUAACAUUUUUUUUUUUUUUAAAUUUUUAUUUCAUCCUUACAAUGGUAACUCUGUGUUCUUUACAUACCUGUUUGAACUAUUAAUUUCAGUCAAGAUCUCUCAUCAUUUGUUUGGUAUGCAAGAACGAAAUCAACUUGGAUGAAAUGAAGUUGAAUUUACCCCUUUUGCA